AUGGAGCCUGGUGGAGUGAAGCAUGGUGGAGCGGAGCAUGGUGGAGUGGAGUGUGGUGGAGCGGAGCAUGGUGGAGUGAAGCAUGGUGGAGUGGAGCAUGGUGGAGCGGAGCAUGGUGGAGGGGAGAGGCGUAUGGUAAAGUGGAGUGUGGUGCAUUGUAUGUGGUAUGGUGGUAGUGUGGGCAUGGUGGAGUGGAGCAUGGUAGUGUGGGGCAUGGUGGAGUGGAGCAUGGUGGUGUGGAGCAUGGAAGUGUGGGUGUGGUUGAGAGCGGAGCAUGGUGGAUGGAGCCUGGUGGAGUGGAAGCAUGGUAGAACGGAGCAUGGUGGAGGGGAGAGGCGUAUGGUAAAGUGGAGUGUGGUGGAUUGUAUGUGGUAUAGUGGUAGUGUGGAGCAUGGUGGAGUGGAGCAUGGUAGUGUGGGGCAUGGUGGAGUAAAGCAUGGUGGAGUGGACCAUGGUGGAGUGGAGCGUGGUUGA